AUGGAGGACGUCAAGAGGGAAAUGUUUCCUCCGUUCAACAUCUACAUGUACAACGCGUGCAUCACGGCGCUAGCACGGUGCGGUCGCUGGAGGCAAGCACUGGCCAUUCUCGACCACAUGCGCUUUACUGCUAACGCUGCCGAGGCGGCCGCCGCCGCCGCCGCCGCCGCCGCCGCUACCGCCCUCAAAGCGGACCCAGCGGCCGGCAUCGACGGCGGUGCGGCUAUGUCGCCGCCGGCCCCGGCUGCCGUGCGGCCCGACGUCUUUAGUUAUAGCGCGGCAAUCACGGCUUGCGGCAACUGCGGUGAAUGGCGGCGGGCGCUGGCGCUUCUGCGCGUCAUGCGAGAGCAAGGGGUACCUCCGAACGUCGUGAGCUACAACGCCGCCGCCCACGCGUGCGUCGGCGAUCAAAGAAAACUUGGAGAGACUCGCAUUAACGGCAACAACGGUGUCGCCGAGCCACGAGGACAUGCUGCCGAGGAGGAGAAGGAGGGGGAGGAGGAGGAGGAGGAAGGCUGGGCUCUCGUCCUAGGGCUGAUGGAGGAGAUGCGCGCGGAGGGCGUAGCCCCGGACGUCUUCACUUUCACCACCGCCAUCACGGCCUGCGGAAAGGCGGGCCAAUGGGAGCGGGCGCUGGACCUGCUUGAGGAAAUGGGUGGCGGGGGUGACAACGACGACGGGCUCCGGCGGCGGCGCACCGGCGUCCUGAUCGCCCCCGACGUGGCUUCGAUCAACGCGGCGAUCUCGGCGUGCGCUCGCGCGGGCCAGUGGGAGAGCGCGCUCGGUCUCUUGGGCAGGAUGGCGGCGCGGGCGGGGGGAGGGCUUGUUAGCUCCUCGGCCGGCGGUGUCAGUAGCGACGACGAUGAUGAUGCAAAGCAGGGGGACGCGGCCGCGAGCUCUGCCGCGUUCUUGUCGGCGACGGCGGCGGCACCGGACUUAAGAGGUAGCAGUGGUCGUGAUAGUAGCAGGGACACUAGGGAGGGGGUCGGAAGAACGUCGGCGGCAGGCGCUCCCGGAGGAACGGGGGGGGGGGCUGCCUGGCCUGCCGCGGACGCGGUGAGCUUCAACUCCGCCAUGGAGGCGUGCGCGAUCGCCGGGCGGUGGCAGGAAGGGACCGCGCUCCUGCCCCGGAUGCUGGAGGUGGGCGUACGGCCGGACGUGUGCAGCUACGGCGGCCACCUCGCCUGCCUCCGCGCUGGCGGGCAGUGGCAGCGCGCGGUGGAGGUCUUAGACGAGAUGACGAAAGCGGCGGCGAAAGCGGGCACGGGCAUCGGCGGUAGCGGGGAAGAAGAAGCAGCUGGCGUAAGCCCCGACCUUGGGUGCUACGCCGCGGUCAUAUCCACCCUCGGCGAGGCGGGGAGGUGGAAGCAGGCGCUCGACCUUCUCCGGUUUCUGCAGAGGAAGGGGUCCUCGGCGGCGACGUGGGGCGAGGAGCCAGCGGCGCGGGAGGAGCCAGCGGCAGCCUGGGACGCGUUGGCGGCCGAGGCAAGAGGCGGGGGCGCCGCGAUCUCGUCCUCUCCCGCCGCGGGUCCGAACCUCGUGUGCUACAACGCCGCCCUCACGGCCUGCGCGAGGGCCAAGGAGGGUUCCACCGCGCUUGACCUCCUGGAGGAGAUGGAAGGGAGGGGCGUCUUCGACACCGAGAGCUUCAACUGCGCCAUGCUCGCGUGCAGGGGGAAGGGGCAGUGGCACAAGGCCACCGCGAUCCUGAACCGCAUGGUGAGCGGCGACGCCGUACGGCUCGGGGAGGGCUCCGGGGGCACCGCCGGGGGCGCCGCCGCCGGGGAGGGCGGGUGGGGGGCGAGACUACGCACCACGGUGCCCCGGCCGGACGCGUACUCAUUCGCCUCGGCGAUCACGGCGUGCGGCGACGUGGGUCGGGCGGACGUCGCGCUGGAGUUGCUGCGGAAGAUGAAGUCGGCCGGCGCCGAGCCGAACGUGGUCGUCUUCAACGCGGUCAUCCGCGCCGUCUCUCGAGGCAUAACGGGCCCGGCAUUUGGCGCUACUCCGGAACGGGCGGGCGUGACCGCUGCCUGGGAGGAGGGGUCGGCGGCUGGGGAUGGGUACGCGGCGGCGGGAAGAGGUGAAGGCGGAGAGAAAGCGGGCCGCGACUCGUGGAGACGAGCGUAUUUUCUGUUGGUCGAGAUGCGAGAGGCCGGGCUCACGCCCGAGGUGAAGACCUACAACACUGUCCUCGCCGUCUGCCAGCGGGCGGAGGCUUGGGAAGGCGCCCUGGAGGUCCUGGCGGAGAUGAAGAGCGGCACGGCCAAGAGGCCUGCGAGAUCAGGCCCGCGCGACCGGGACGCCUCCGCCCACGGCGCCGCCGUGAGCACGUGGAUAGAAGAGCCGGCCCCUCCACCCGACCUCGUGAGCUUCAACACGGCCAUGGGCGCGUGCGGGAAAGCCGGCCAGUGGGAGAAGGCCUUGAGCCUGCUGGAGGAGAUUGCCGAUUCCGGCUUCGCUCCCAACGCGAUCAGCUACAACACGGCGGCGGCGGCGUGCGCUCGCGCGGAGGAGUGGGAUCGCGCGCAAGAGGUUGUCGAGCGCGGGCGGGAAGCGGGGGUUAUUGCUGCCGCCGGAGGCGUCGGUCGACACGGAGAGAUUGACCAAGACCGGGAAGUGCCCGUGGAGAGAGACGAUGGUGUUGCGUCCGUUGACAUGAGCGGGUUUUACGCAACGAUUGAGGAGAUGCUUCGCCGGCAGAAACGCGGCAGACAUCGAAGCCGCCAGGGUGGCAUUGCUGGAUACGGUUCGGGGGAUGCACGGAGAGACGGUGAAAGAGGCAGCAGCGCCAGCAGCGGUGGCAAUGCCACCGGUGGUAGAAGCUGAGCUUGUCGGGUGCGGGCUUCACCCUGUGUCGAACAACAACCCGUAA